AUGGAACCCCUCCGCCACCUGGUCCUACCAAGUCAAAACACGGCAGCGGCACCGCCAUACGCAUUCACCGAGCCAACGCACGAGCAGACCCGCAGAGCCCAAGGCGAGGCAAGAGCCGUCCCCAAUUCUUUUCGCGUGCUGGUCAGAAUCGUUGCCCUGGCGGCGGCAGCGUCCAUCAUCGGCGUCCUCGCUCAUGCCACCGUCGUGUGGAUCAACACUCGGAGUGUGAUUCUGCAGCAGCCAGAUGGCUCUUUCCAGCGGGGGUGGCCAGACCAUAUCGACCUAUGGCCGACCUGGGUGAUGCUCGCCGCCGCCGUCAUCGCCGUCGUUGUCCAACUCCUUUCCAUGCUCACAUUCUGUGGAGGGAUCCGUCGCCUGCGCGAAACCCGCCUGCACGCCGGAGCCGUCUUCUUCACGUCCCUGAUUGGAAUCGCCGCAUGGGUGGCUGCGGCUGUCUACUUCAAAUUGCAGGACAACAAGGGCAAAAAGGGCUGGGGCUUGUGGUCGUGGUCGUGCACACACCAAUACCUCAACAAUGGGAAGAUGUCGUUUGAGUUCAUGUGCACUGAAAUGAAAUACACGUUCAUCGCGUCGAUUGUGGUCGCCGCUCUGGAACUUAUAAGCUUGGUCAUCUUUGGCGUUACCCUGAUCCGCCUCCGCAAAAGAGAAUCAGGUUAUAGCAAGCUCUAUAUGGCGCAGACUUGA